AUGUCGGCGUGUGUGUCGGUGAUGUGCCGGUGUGGACUCACCGUGUCUCCGCGGAUCCUCUCAGUCUGUGUGCCGGUUGUGAGCUCUCUGCUGUUCUGCACAACAAACCAAGCCUCUCUGACUGUGAGUCCCAGCAGAUCUCAGAUGUUAGAAGGAGAGUCUGUCUCUCUGAGCUGUGAGGAGGACGACAGCUCUGCUGGAUGGAAGCUGAGGAGGAACACAACCAGAGACACCAGGACUGAGUGUGAUGACUGGGGAGAAUCAGCUGGUUCCUCCUGUAACUUCAGCUACAUCAUCACACUGGAGAGUGGAGUUUACUGGUGUGAGUCCAGAGAGGGAGCAACCAGUAACAGCAUCAACAUCACUGUCACUGGUGGAUCAGUGAUCCUGCAGAGUCCUGUCCUCCCUGUGAUGGAGGGAGAUGAUGUCACUCUGCACUGUAAAACAAAGACCUCCAACCUCCCAGCUGGUUUCUAUAAAGAUGGCUCCCUCAUCAGGACUGAGCCUGCAGGUCACAUGACCAUCCACCAUGUUUCCGAGUCUGAUGAAGGCCUCUACAAGUGUCACAGCAGCAGUCAUGGAGAGUCUCCAUCCAGCUGGAUCUCUGUCACAGGUAAACCUACAACCACAGCCCCGCCCCCUGGGCAUGAAGCCCCGCCCCCUGCUCGUGAAGCCCCCCAGCUCGUGUUCACACUCGUCCGCCACCUAGUGGUGUUGUGUCCGUACUUCAUCUCCACUCUCCUCAUGGUGUCUUUAUAUCGACACAGACACACAGGAAAUGACCUACCUGUCUCCAUGGCAACGCCCCCGCCCACCCAGGCUGAGCAGGGAUUGGAUGAUGACUAUGAUGACGUCAUCGCCUCCGUCACCACAGAGCAUCACUUCUGAACUGAACCAACGUGUUGUUGAGUCCUUCAUGAAUGAAAACCAUCAGAGGAGCUGAAGAACUCCUCAUGAG